CGCGGGGGGCGGCGCUGCGCUGCGCCGUGCUGCGCUCCAGCCCGGACCCGGCCGGGGCCGCUGGAUGCCGCGUCUCCGCUCCUGCUGCCUGCCGGGCGGGCUCCGGCGGCCGCUGCAAGGUGGGGUCCAAAGACGCUGCGUUAACCACCCGUAAUCCGCUGGGGGUACACCCCCUAAAAACAGCACACCCACCAUGUUUAACCUCAUGAAGAAAGAUAAGGACAAAGAUGGCGGGCGGAAGGAGAAGAAGGAGAAAAAGGAGAAAAAAGAGCGGAUGUCAGCCGCAGAACUGCGGAGCCUCGAAGAGAUGAGCAUGCGCCGUGGCUUCUUCAACCUGAACCGGUCCUCCAAGCGUGAAUCCAAGACGCGCCUGGAAAUCUCCAACCCCAUCCCUAUCAAGGUGGCCAGCGGCUCUGACCUGCACCUGACUGACAUUGACUCUGACAGCAAUCGGGGCAGCAUCAUCCUGGACUCAGGCCACCUAAGUACAGCCAGCUCCAGUGAUGACCUCAAGGGUGAGGAAGGCAGCUUCCGGGGCUCUGUGCUGCAGCGGGCAGCCAAGUUCGGCUCACUGGCCAAGCAGAACUCUCAGAUGAUUGUCAAACGUUUUUCUUUCUCCCAACGGAGCCGGGAUGAGAGUGCUUCAGAGACCUCCACCCCCUCAGAGCACUCUGCAGCCCCAUCACCUCAGGUAGAGGUGAGGACGCUUGAGGGACAGCUAAUGCAACAUCCUGGCCUAGGCGUCCCUCGACCGGGACCACGGUCUCGAGUCCCUGAGCUGGUGACUAAAAGAUUCCCAGCUGACCUACGUCUCCCCGCUGUGGUGCCGCCGCCACCUCCUGCUCUCCGGGAGCUGGAGUUGCAACGAAGACCCACAGGAGACUUUGGCUUCUCACUUCGGCGCACAACCAUGCUGGACCGGGCCCCUGAGGGUCAGGCCUAUCGACGGGUGGUUCACUUUGCUGAGCCAGGUGCAGGCACCAAGGACCUGGCCUUGGGGCUAGUGCCAGGAGAUCGACUGGUGGAGAUUAACGGACAGAAUGUGGAGAAUAAGUCCAGGGAUGAAAUUGUGGAGAUGAUCCGGCAGUCUGGGGACAGUGUACGGCUCAAGGUACAGCCCAUCCCAGAGCUCAGUGAGCUGAGCAGGAGCUGGCUGCGGACUGGGGAAGGACACCGCAGGGAGCCGGCUGAUCUGGACCCUGAGGCCGCCUCUCCUGCCCACAGCCAGGUAGGGUGCUCCUGCCCCACCCAGGAGCCCUCUGCUUUCUCCGGUGACAACCCACCACCCCCACCUUACACCUGGGCUGGCGUCUGUGCUCGGGCCUCCUGCUGGAGUGCCAAGACGGAAGAGCAGAUUGCAGCCGAAGAGGCCUGGUAUGAGACGGAGAAGGUGUGGCUGGUCCAUAGGGAUGGCUUCUCCUUGGCCAGCCAGCUCAAGUCGGAGGAGCUCAGCCUACCUGAGGGGAAGGUGCGCGUGAAGCUGGACCACGAUGGAGCCAUCCUGGAUGUGGAUGAAGACGACAUAGAGAAGGCUAAUGCUCCCUCGUGUGACCGCCUAGAAGAUCUAGCCUCACUGGUGUAUCUCAACGAGUCUAGCGUCCUGCACACACUGCGCCAGCGCUAUGGGGCUAGCCUGCUACACACCUACGCUGGCCCUAGCUUGCUUGUCCUCAGCCCCCGAGGUGCCCCUGCUGUGUAUUCAGAGAAGGUGAUGCACAUGUUCAAGGGGUGUCGGCGGGAGGACAUGGCACCCCAUAUCUACGCUGUGGCCCAAACUGCAUAUCGGGCAAUGCUGAUGAGCCGCCAGGACCAGUCCAUUGUCCUUCUGGGUAGCAGUGGCAGUGGCAAGACUACCAGCUUUCAGCAUCUGGUGCAGUAUCUAGCCACCAUUGCUGGCACCAGCGGGAGCAAGGUGUUUUCUGUGGAGAAGUGGCAGGCCCUGUACACCAUCCUGGAAGCCUUCGGGAACAGCCCUACCAUCAUGAAUGGCAGUGCCACCCGCUUCUCCCAGAUUCUCUCCCUGGACUUUGACCAAGCUGGCCAGGUGGCCUCAGCAUCCAUUCAGACGAUGCUCCUGGAGAAGCUGCGUGUGGCCCGACGCCCGGCCAGCGAGGCCACUUUCAACGUCUUCUACUACUUGCUGGCCUGUGGUGAUAGCACGCUCAGGACAGAGCUUCACCUGAACCACUUGGCCGAGAACAAUGUGUUUGGAAUUGUGCCACUGGCCAAGCCCGAGGAGAAGCAGAAAGCUGCUCAGCAGUUCAGUAAGCUACAGGCGGCCAUGAAGGUGCUAGCCAUCUCUCCCGAGGAACAGAAGGCCUGUUGGCUCAUACUGGCUUCCAUCUACCACCUGGGGGCGGCUGGAGCUACCAAAGAGCCCCUUGAGGAGCAAACUGAAGCUGCUGAAGCUGGACGCAAGCAGUUUGCCCGCCAUGAGUGGGCCCAGAAAGCUGCAUACCUGCUGGGCUGCAGCCUGGAAGAGCUAUCCUCGGCUAUUUUUAAGCACCAACUUAAAGGUGGUACCCUGCAACGUUCCACCUCCUUCCGCCAGGGCCCCGAGGAGAGCGGCCUGGGAGAGGGCCCAGGCCCCAAACUGAGUGCCAUGGAGUGCUUAGAGGGCAUGGCAUCUGGCCUCUACAGUGAGCUCUUUACCCUCCUCAUCUCUCUGGUAAACAGGGCUCUCAAGUCCAGCCAGCACUCGCUCUGUUCCAUGAUGAUUGUGGAUACGCCGGGCUUCCAGAACCCUGAGAGGGGAGGGUCAGCCCGUGGAGCCUCCUUCGAGGAGCUGUGCCACAACUAUGCCCAGGACAGGCUGCAGAGGCUAUUCCAUGAGCGCACCUUCCUUCAGGAGUUGGAAAGAUACAAGGAGGAGAACAUCGAACUGGCGUUUGAUGACUUGGAGCCAGCCGCAGAUGACUCAGUGGCUGCUGUGGACCAAACUUCCCACCAGUCCCUGGUCCGCUCACUAGCCCAUGCUGAUGAGGCAAGGGGACUACUAUGGCUGCUGGAAGAGGAGGCGCUGGUGCCGGGUGCCACCGAGGAUGCUCUCCUCGACCGUCUUUUCUCCUAUUAUGGCCCCCAGGAAGGUGACAAAAAAGGCCAGAGUCCUCUACUGCGCAGCAGCAAACCACGGCACUUUCUCCUGGGUCACAGCCACGGUACCAACUGGGUGGAGUACAAUGCGACUGGCUGGUUGAACUAUACCAAGCAGAACCCAGCUACCCAGAAUGCAUCCCGGCUCCUGCAGGAUUCCCAGAAAAAGAUGAUCAGCAACUUGUUUCUAGGCCGGGCAGGCAGCGCCACGGUGCUCUCAGGCUCCAUCGCGGGCCUGGAGGGUGGCUCCCAGCUGGCCUUGCGCCGGGCGACUAGCAUGAGGAAAACCUUUACCACCGGCAUGGCAGCUGUCAAGAAGAAGUCACUGUGCAUACAGAUUAAGCUGCAAGUGGAUGCCCUCAUUGACACCAUCAAGAGGUCCAAGAUGCACUUUGUACAUUGCUUCCUGCCUGUGGCUGAGGGCUUGCCCGGGGAACCCCGAGCUGCCUCUUCCCGCCGAGUUAGCAGCAGCAGUGAGCUGGACCUGCCCCCAGGAGACCCCUGUGAGGCUGGGCUGCUGCAACUGGAUGUGUCCCUACUUCGUGCCCAGCUUCGGGGAUCCCGCCUGCUUGACGCAAUGCGCAUGUACCGCCAAGGUUACCCAGACCACAUGGUGUUUUCUGAGUUCCGCCGUCGCUUUGAUGUCCUUGCUCCACACCUGACCAAGAAGCAUGGGCGCAACUACAUAGUGGUGGAUGAGAAGCGGGCUGUGGAGGAGCUGCUAGAGUCCCUGGACCUGGAGAAGAGCAGCUGCUGCAUGGGCCUGAGUCGGGUGUUCUUCCGGGCAGGCACGUUGGCACGGUUGGAAGAGCAGCGAGAUGAGCAAACCAGCAGGCACCUGACCCUGUUCCAAGCGGCAUGCAGAGGCUAUCUUGCCCGCCAGCAUUUCAAGAAGAGAAAGAUCCAGGACCUGGCCAUCCGCUGUGUGCAGAAGAACAUCAAGAAGAACAAAGGGGUGAAGGACUGGCCCUGGUGGAAGCUCUUCACCACUGUGCGGCCCCUCAUCCAAGUCCAGCUGUCAGAAGAACAGAUUCGCAACAAAGACGAGGAGAUCCAGCAGCUGCGCAGCAAGCUUGAGAAGGUGGAGAAAGAACGGAAUGAGCUUCGGCUCAACAGUGACCGGCUGGAGUCCCGGAUCUCAGAGCUGACAUCGGAGCUGACUGAUGAGCGGAACACAGGAGAGUCCGCCUCCCAGCUGCUGGAUGCAGAGACAGCCGAGAGGCUCCGAGCCGAGAAGGAAAUGAAAGAGCUACAGACCCAGUAUGAUGCACUAAAGAAGCAGAUGGAAGUCAUGGAAAUGGAGGUGAUGGAGGCCAGGCUCAUUCGGGCAGCAGAGAUCAACGGGGAAGUGGAUGACGACGAUGCAGGGGGAGAGUGGCGGCUGAAGUAUGAGCGCGCUGUUCGGGAGGUGGACUUCACCAAGAAGCGGCUCCAGCAGGAGUUGGAAGACAAGAUGGAGGUGGAGCAGCAAAGCAGGAGGCAGCUAGAGAGACGGCUUGGGGACCUGCAAGCAGACAGUGACGAGAGCCAGCGGGCCCUGCAGCAGCUCAAGAAGAAGUGCCAGCGACUCACAGCUGAGCUGCAGGACACCAAGCUGCACCUGGAGGGCCAGCAGGUCCGAAACCAUGAGCUGGAGAAGAAGCAGAGGAGGUUUGACAGUGAGCUUUCCCAGGCACAGGAGGAGGCCCAGCGGGAGAAGCUGCAGAGGGAGAAGCUCCAACGGGAGAAGGACAUGCUCCUGGCUGAGGCUUUCAGCCUGAAGCAGCAGCUGGAGGAAAAAGACAUGGACAUCGCUGGGUUUACCCAGAAGGUCGUCUCCUUGGAGGCUGAGCUCCAGGACAUUUCUUCUCAAGAGUCCAAGGAUGAGGCUUCUCUGGCCAAGGUCAAGAAGCAGCUCCGGGACUUGGAGGCCAAGGUCAAGGAUCAGGAAGAGGAACUGGAUGAACAGGCGGGAAGCAUACAGAUGCUGGAGCAGGCCAAGCUGCGUCUGGAGAUGGAGAUGGAGCGGAUGCGACAGACCCAUUCCAAGGAGAUGGAGAGUCGGGAUGAGGAGGUGGAGGAGGCCCGGCAGUCAUGUCAGAAGAAGCUAAAGCAGAUGGAAGUGCAGCUUGAGGAGGAGUACGAAGACAAGCAGAAGGCACUGCGGGAGAAGCGGGAGCUGGAGGGCAAGCUGUCCACACUCAGUGACCAGGUGAACCAGCGGGACUUUGAAUCAGAGAAGCGGUUGCGGAAAGACCUGAAGCGUACCAAGGCGCUGCUGGCAGAUGCUCAGAUCAUGCUGGACCAUUUAAAGAACAACGCCCCCAGCAAGAGGGAGAUUGCCCAGCUAAAGAACCAGCUGGAAGAGUCGGAGUUCACCUGUGCAGCAGCUGUAAAAGCACGGAAGGCGAUGGAGGUGGAGAUGGAGGAUCUGCACCUGCAGAUUGAUGACAUCACCAAAGCCAAGACAGCGUUGGAGGAGCAACUGAGUCGCCUUCAGCGUGAGAAAAAUGAGAUCCAGAACCGGCUGGAAGAGGAUCAGGAGGACAUGAAUGAGCUGAUGAAGAAGCACAAGGCAGCUGUGGCCCAGUCCUCUCGGGACAUGGCACAGAUGAAUGAUCUUCAAGCUCAGCUGGAAGAAUCCAACAAGGAGAAGCAAGAGCUACAAGAGAAGCUACAAGCCCUGCAGAGCCAGGUGGAGUUCCUGGAGCAGUCCAUGGUGGACAAGUCUCUCGUCAGCAGGCAGGAAGCGAAGAUCAGGGAGCUGGAAACACGCCUGGAGUUCGAAAAGACCCAAGCGAAGCGUCUGGAGGGCCUGGCCAAUCGGCUCAAGGAGAACAUGGAGAAGCUGACCGAGGAACGGGACCAGCGCGCUGCAGCUGAGAACCGCGAGAAGGAGCAGAACAAGAGGCUCCAGCGGCAGCUCCGGGACACAAAGGAGGAGAUGGGUGAACUUGCCAGGAAGGAAGCAGAGGCCAGCCGCAAGAAGCAUGAGCUGGAGAUGGACCUGGAGAGUCUGGAAGCUGCUAACCAAAGCCUGCAGGCUGACCUCAAGCUGGCAUUCAAGCGCAUUGGGGACUUGCAAGCCGCCAUUGAGGAUGAGAUGGAGAGCGAUGAGAAUGAGGACCUUAUCAACAGUUUACAGGACAUGGUGACAAAAUAUCAGAAAAGAAAGAAUAAACUUGAGGGAGACUCCGAUGUGGACUCAGAGCUGGAGGACCGGGUCGACGGGGUCAAGUCUUGGUUGUCAAAGAACAAGGGACCUUCAAAGGCAGCUUCUGACGAUGGCAGCUUGAAGAGUUCCAGGACGGCUCUCAACAGCCUCCCUAAGGAGGGCAAGGGGCCAGAGGAGAGACCCACCUCUGCCCUCAGCUCCCUCAGCUACCGCAAGAGGCUCACCCUGAAGGAUUCCAUCGGGGGCACUGGGGACCAGGACUCACUCUUCACCACCCUGAGUGAGCGUGCCACCUCCCCUGAAAGGCCCCCCAGGAAGGCCCGUAUGGGCCCCAGGGAGGAACCCAACCAGGCCCAGGGCAGGAGGUGUGAGGAGCAGGAUGACUGUAGCUCCAUCUUGUCAGGGACAACGAGCCGUACUGGCCGUGGUCUGGAGAAGCGGUGGGGCUCAGACUUUGACCGAGCCUCGACCGUCUCCGCGCCAGUCAGCCGGGCCUCCUCAGCCACGCGUGGCUCUGGGGAGGACAGGGCUCGCUCCUCGUUGAGCUUCUCACUGUCAGGCUCACCCAGCUCCCGCCGCAGCACAUCCAGGCUCGACAGCCUGUCGAGGACCCUAAGCCCCUCCUGGAACAGGGCCUCGGGUAUUGACCGGGAGAGCCCUGACUCCAGGCUGUCCCUUGGCCAGAGCUGCCUGGAUGAGUGGGAUGAUGGAGUCAGCGUGGCCCUCAGUGAGGCGCACUCACAGUUCAGCCACCCGUCACUGGCCCGGAGUCUGUCUGUGCCACCCCAGCCACGGGGCUCUGCACCAUCCUCAGCCUCUGUCACUGAGGGCUCCAGCAUCCGACCAGUCAGCCGCCACUCCUACCUGGAUCCAGACCUGGAGGCUGCCAUUAACGAGGUCUUGAGCUACAAACCUGUGCCUUUCCACCGGAGCAGCCUGGAGCCUGACUCUGAGGAGGAUGACCGGAAGAGCAUCCAGAGUGCCCGGAGUGCACAGCUGGAUUGCCCAGAAAGGGGCACCAGCAUCCGCCGCUCUGCCUCGGCCGUGGAUGUCUCUGGGUCGCGCAGUGGCCGCAAAAGCCGGAGCAAGCGGAGGAGCAGACGGAGCAGCCCCCGCUCCAGCUCCAGCUCCAGCUCCUCCAGCUCGGAAGGUUCCUCAGGGCACAAGCGGCGGAGGAAAGGGCGCUCUCGGAAGAGCAAGAAGAAAUCCAAAUCAAGAAGAAAGAAGACAGAGUCUGAGUCUGAAUCCUCCUCGUCCUCAUCCAGUGGCUCCACGGUCUCCGGCCAUAGCCGCUCCAGUGUGAAAAGGGGCCCUACCACAGAUAUCGAGGAAACAGGGCAAGCGCCAAGAAGGUCAAAGAAGGAAGAGAAGCAGCGAAAGAAAGAGGUGGACAGUCUGAUGAUGCGGUACCUGUAUCGGCCUGAGAGUGACUAGCGCAGUAGCCCAACCAGCCACUGGAAGUCCCUAGCCCCUGACCCAUCAGAUGAUGAGCACGAUCCUGUGGACAGCACCUCCAGACACCGAUUCUCCCACAACGGUU